UGAGAGCCAAAAGAGUGAUGUUUCUUCUUCGGUGCCAGUCGCUCGAAUCGAAGGUCCGACUUUUCGCUGCCAGAAUCGUGUAAAAAGUGGUGCCGCGCCGGUCCAAACCUGUUCCGCCGUGUUCGUGACGUGCCGCGGAACACGCGUGUAGUGAAGAUUGCCGGUUCCGUGCGGCCGGAAGUGGCGAAAAGUGACCGUGAAAAGCGGAAUUCCAGCUCGGUUCCAGGGCCGAAAAGUGUGCGUGUGUGAGUGUCAAGUCGAGGAAAGCGCGAGAGAGCGAGAAGGUGGGAGAGGAGAGAGCGGAUUUUCGGAUUACACUAAUUGAACGAGAUUAACGUGGAUAUACGAGUAUACAUGCAAAACCGCAGGACCAAAAAAAAAAGGACGACAACUUGGAGUUGUGCUGAAGUGUCUCUGAAUUGAAAGAAAAAAAAGAAGAAGAAGGUCCCCACCGGCUUCCGCGUGGAACGAGGGGAAGAAGUAAAACUGCAGUCAGCAGCCUUGCUCAACACACAACGGCUCGACCUCCCCCACAAGUCGACGACAUUGCUCAGCUGAAGACCGAAGCAAGUUUUCACGAUUGUGUCACGACGCCCGAAAGCGCCACCACCCUCUGCGUCUUGCUCUCAUCUAAUCUAUGCGGUUGAGAGAUUCUACCACGAAAAGAAGAAAAAGGAAGUGAGGACGACGAAAAGAGUCCUUUUCGUGAAGACACGUUCCGGGGACUCUUUUAAGGAUAUCGACCGGCCUGACCCGGCGACGACGACGGUAGACACCGCCGCGAACUACCCCUUUUGAAUAAUAAAGAAGCGGAAUAGCGGCUUCAACGGGAAGUGAUAGGUUAAUUAUAGUGGCAUUUAUUUAUCCCGGAAGCGGUGUUUUUUGCUGUUGGGUUCUUAUCAAGUGUAAGGCGAAAUUGUCAAUUGAGAUAAAGUGAAUAGGUGGGACGAAGAAGAAGAAGUUUUAUUGAUACGACGACACAUACUAUCAGUAUUAGAGGAAUAAAGUGAAACACAUAUUGGGCAAGUGUUUUGUGUUCUUGUUUUUGUUUCUACCCCGUUUUAUGAUGUAACAUAAAAAAGAGAACGAGAAAAAGGGAGAAAGUUUAGUGAUUGUGAUGAUUGGUGUUUGGAUGGACACCAACUAGAGAGAAGAUUGAGUUUAUUACAUGUGCAAUACCGCAAGAGCUUUAGUGUGUAACGCGAGUGUGUAGCGAAAAAUAAAAGCGACUCAUCAAUGCAACGUGAGGAUGAACUAAUUGCCCGUACUCACAAGCAGCAAACGACGCAGCAAAUCACGACCGUAACGAAGGUCGUGCGCGAGGUGAAGCAGUUGGGACCGGAUGGGCAGCCGUUUGACUAUGUAGCAGCGAUGCCACUGGAAAUGGGACCCGAUGGACAGCCGCUCGACUACGUGUCGAUGCCGAUGGGAAUCUACACGACACGGUCGCAGUACAUGAACUACAACCACCUGGACCAGCAGGAGCAGAUGGCGGCGGCGGCUGCAGCGGCCGCCUCCCAGUCGCAGCAUCUGCCCCCGGGCUCCAAAGGUGGUCCCGGUGGACAGCCGCACUACCAGGACUAUGAACACUACUCGCAGUACGCCGACUCCGGGUACGAUCCGACCGGAGCGAUCCACCAUCCGCCCCAUCCACAGUCCUACCUCGGUGAGUACCAGAUCAACGACCGGUCAACGCCCCACAACUCGAGCGAAGCCAGCGAAUCCUCCAUUCCGCUCCCGAUGAACGUUCCUCAGAUGGGCAAUCCGUCAGCGAGUCUGCUUCCGCCAGGCUACCUGCAAGGUCAGUACGACGAAAUGGGGGAGUACGUCAUAGCCCCUUCCCCAGGCGGACCCGUCGACCCACGACUCUACCCGGACAACCCAUCGGCGAUGGUGUACGGAUACGUGUCGACCCCUCCGUACGGCACCAUCAGCUCACACGGACACCUCGAUCCAUCCGGUGUGAACGAGCCAACGUACGCCACGAAACAACUUGCCUACGAAGCCGCGGCCAGUGCCAGCCAACGGGGCGGAGUCCAGGACGGCGGCGCUUGCUACUACGACGGCGAUGACGACCUACCCCAGCACAUGUCGAACCUGCAAAUCCACAACCAUGUCUUUCUGCAGCAUCACAUCAUCACCUCGCCCGGUGGCAACAAUCGACCCUCCGGCGUAAACGGCCCCGAAGGACCCGUAGACCUGGAAGACCAACGCCAGAUGAAGUGGCGAGACCCCAACCUAACCGAAGUGAUCGGUUUCCUCAGUCAUCCCAACAACGCCAUCAAGGCCAACGCAGCCGCCUACCUGCAGCAUCUCUGCUACAUGGACGACCCCAACAAGCAGCGAACGCGAACCCUCGGCGGAAUCCCCCCACUCGUCAAACUGCUCGGCCACGAACACACCGACGUGUACCGGAACGCCUGCGGUGCCCUCCGCAAUCUCUCCUACGGCCGGCAAAACGACGAAAACAAACGUGCAAUCAACAGUGCCGGAGGCAUCCAAGCCCUGAUCCACCUGCUCCGACGAACGUCCGAGUCCGACAUCAAGGAACUCGUCACCGGCAUCAUCUGGAACAUGUCCUCCUGCGAAGAUCUGAAGCGGUUCAUCAUCGACGACGCCAUCGUCGUGAUCGUCUCGUACAUCAUCAUCCCCCACUCGGGCUGGGACCCCACGAACCCCGGCGAAACCUGCUGGAGCACCGUGUUCCGGAACGCGUCCGGCAUCCUGCGCAACGUCAGCUCCGCAGGCGAGUACGCGCGGAAAAAGCUGCGCGAAUGUGAAGGCCUCGUCGAUUCGCUUCUCUACGUUAUCCGGAUAGCGAUCGAAAAGUCCAACAUCGGCAACAAAAUCGUGGAAAACUGCGUCUGCAUCCUGCGGAACCUCUCGUACCGCUGCCAAGAGGUCGAGGAUCCAAACUACGACAAGAACCCCAUCCCGCACCACAGUAGCACCGGAGGGGUGGACGGUGCCGGGGCUUCGUCGUCGUCCUCGGUGAUUGUGAGUGCGGCCUCGUCGAAGGGCGAGAACCUGGGCUGCUUUGGGGCGAGCAAGAAGAAGAAGGAACAGCAGCAGGCGGCGGCGGCAGCGGCCCAGCACGCCGCGGACGCCAAGGAUCACUCGAGUGCGAACGGGGAUCCGGCGCGGAUGGCGUAUAAGAACACGGCGCAUUAUAAGGGUGCGGAGCAACUGUGGCAGCCCGACGUUGUACAUUCCUAUCUUGCCUUACUGCAGAGCUGCUCGAACCCGGAAACGCUGGAGGCCGCGGCCGGGGCGCUGCAGAAUCUGGCCGCCUGCUACUGGCAGCCGAGCAUAGAGAUCCGGGCGACGGUGCGGAAGGAGAAGGGCCUGCCGAUCCUGGUGGAGCUGCUCCGCAUGGAGGUGGACCGGGUGGUGUGUGCCGUGGCCACCGCCCUGCGAAACCUCGCAAUCGACCAAAGAAACAAGGAGCUGAUCGGGAAGUACGCGAUGCGUGAUCUGGUCCAGAAGCUGCCCUCGGGCAACCCGCAGUGUGACCAGGGCACCUCAGACGACACCAUCGCGGCGGUGUUGGCCACAUUGAAUGAGGUGAUUAAGAAGAAUGCCGAGUUUGCGCGGUCUCUGCUGGAGGCGGGUGGCGUCGAGCGGCUCAUGAACAUGACCCGGCAACGGCUCAAGUACACGCCGCGGGUGCUCAAGUUCGCCGGGCAGCUGCUGUUUACGAUGUGGCAGCACCAGGAGCUGCGGGACAUGUACAAAAAGCACGGCUGGAAGGAGCAGGACUUUGUGACGAAGACGAUCGCCUCGCGGAACGUCAACAGCAGCAACGGCGGCGGCAGCUACAGCGACAACUCGCCCAACUCGCCGAACAACACGCUGAACCGUCCGAUGGCGUCGCAGGGCGGCACGCGGUACGAGGACCGCACGAUGAAGCGCCAGCAGGCGUCCUCGAACAACGGCGGGCAGGCGAUGUCGCUGCCACCGAGCGACGGCGCGGCCAAGAUGGGCAGAUGAAUCUACCAGGCACAAUCCGACUUAUCAGGGUAGCCACCGCGGACAGUAGUGAGCAACAACACAACUCAACAACAAUUGCAACACUGAAGCAGGUACACACACAGAAUACAUUCAGAUGCCACCCGGUGGAGUUCGUUUUACACUCUUACACAAACAAACAAACAACACACGUCUAUUAUAGUGGCCAGCGAGGAGGAAGGAAGAGGACGACGACGACGCCCUUUUAAAACACAGGGAAGAGAAAUUUUUGCUCACGUGCAAGCAAACAACAAUAUAAUGACUCAAGGAGUAACAAAACCAUCAAAAAAAUGGAACAAAAAUCAUGCUAUAAAAGGGGAAAUGUGUGCGAGGAGUUACGCAAAACAAAAAAAAAGGAAACGUAGUGUAGCUUACAAAGUAAUAUAUUAAUAUCUAACCAUCAAACAAUCUUAUUCGACAGACAGCUCAGCUCAAAAGAGAAUGGUGGGGAAGGGUGGGAGAGCAUUGAAGCAGCAAAACUUAUCGAUUCAUACCCACAUGCACGCGCCUCUUCACGAGCACACUACACCACACGCCCACUUCAAACCGAACACAAGUUCUCUCUACCCAGUCCCUAGAAACAACACACGAAAAAAAAGUACGAUAAUCUGUAACGUAACACAACAAAAAAACGACAACUUCACCUAACCUAUCUGUCACGUUCAUCUAAAACAAAAAAAAAAUCACACACUCACUCACGAAAAACAAACCUUCACGCACGCAAGCAUUUGCCCUAUAAUUAUGACAAACAAGAACUACUCGUUGGACUCCCCCUCCCUUUGAAAAAAAAACAACUUACGUUUCGUUAAACGAAAGCUUAAGGUCCUGCCCAAAAACUGCAUCUGAAAAAAUAGGUUUCAUGCAUAAAAAUUGUGCAAUUUUUGCACAAUUCCUUGAUUUUUUUUAAUUACAUUGCAAAACAUGUAAUUUUGCAGGGUUUUUGUUUUACUUUAAAUUGGAAACGUUGAUCAUUUCCCACAUUUCCUAAAAAAUAACAAGUUGAAGCAAAUUCUUCCACUUCUGGCUGCAAACUGAUAAAUCCGUACGCAGCCGAAAGCGCGUUGGUUGCUCGAUAAUCUGUCAUUGGUUGUCACACUUUUCUCGGCACUGCUUUGGGUGUACCAAACUUAAUUCGCAAUUUACGUGAUGUUCUUUGCCCAAUUCCGAAUCUCUUGGUAAAUGUUUUCAAAAUUUUCCCCUGUCGCAAACCCACUCAAAACGUCGAACCUUGCUCUUGAUGUAGAUGAAAAACUCUGGCCAAGCCGUCAAAAAAAACGAGAGGUACCCGUUUUGUGCGUAAUUUGCAGCUAAUUUUUACUUACGCUGGCAGCUUUCACGGCAAAGCACGGAGUACAUACUAGGUGUAUCUAUAAAUUAGCAAAUUCAUAGGAGACAGCCUCAUUAAAUUAAUCGAAUAUUCACCACACCCAAAAAAAAACACAUACAAAUGUUUUGCAAAAAAAAAAAUGGGAGCUAUUAAAGGAAUUAGCUCAACAGACGAACCGGUGUAUAAAAUAAAGUUAAGUAAUUACGGGGUACACUUACAAGUCAAACUUACGGGAAAUGGUGUUGAUUGGAACGGUGUUUUUCAUUUUAAUUUUCGUUCCGAUGUAAAAAUCAACGAUUGAGAUCGACACAAGUGCGUAGAAUUUUAAAGUGCUCGCAAAACAAACAAAAAAUCGUAACUAAAACUUAAUGCAGGCAGCGUAAAUUUAAGGAUCUAAGCAAAAUUCACAACAACAAAAAAAGAAACACAGGAACAGCAACAAAUUUUUAUCCCUCGCUACUGUCUAAAAAAAAACAAAAAUAGGAGUAAUGGAAGCUGUGUGGAGCCACUUAUUAAUAGUCCAACGUCAAAAUAGUGAAAAAACAUUUGAACGAGUCGGGUUGAGGACGGCCAUAAGGAAUUACACAAAAAUUACACAAACAGCAGCAGCAACAUGAAAAUGGCGAUAAAACCACAAACACAGAAACACAUAAAAACAACAUAAGUGUGAACCUUUACGUUUGUAACUGUAUCCAGGAGAACGAAAAAACACGAAUAACAAGUAAGGAAAAUUCAAAACCGUAGAUUAGAGCAAAUUAAAAUAAUUGAUAACAACACACACAAACCAGUACAUACAAAACAACUAUGAAAACAAUUUAGUAUCUAAUCGUAGCGCGCGGAAACACGUGGAGUAAAAACAAUGAUGGGAAAAAAGUAAUACUUUUAUGGUCAAUUUUAUCAUACUAAACAAGUUGCAAACUCGAUAUACAAGUCACCAAAUUCACUUUCACACACACUUAACGAACAACAACAAUCCAAGAAACCAUACAAGCACGCAUUUAAAGGAUCAUGCAGUUAUAGGGAAAGAUGAAGAAAAAUCAGAUAGAAUCACCGUCAUUCACACACACGUCACUCCCAUACAGCCACAUUUACAAAAUAUCAACGGUAUUUUCGUAUGUAUAGUCGUACUCUUCAUACUCUCGACAGAAUAAACCUGGCGAACUUAAACUUACAACAGCAACAAAAAUAAUACGAAGCCUAUCGCACUUCAGUUUGGACUGUUGUUUUGGCCGAAAUUUGUUUGCUGCCAAGACGAAACACACUAAUUUUUUUUUUAAAUUGUUUAAAAUUUUUUAAUUUGAUGCUCAAUCGAUUUCUUUCUUUACCUCGUCAAAAAUUAUAAAUUUUCCACUAAAAAAUAAUUCAGACCCGUAAAAUUACAGGAUUGUCACACAGUUUAAAAGCAGUUAAAAUACGGCGAGUUGAAAAUUUAAAUGUGUAAAUUUACAUGUUAUUGUAUGUAAUUUUACCUACUUAUUAAUGUAGAAGCAUUACAUUACAUUGAAAAGAUGAAAAUUUCACCAGUUUUUGAUGUGAAUAAAAAAAUUCUGACGCAAAAUCUAACUUGAAAAUUGUGUAAUUUUACAUCAGAAACCUGGUAAGAUUACAUCAGCGAUGUAAAAUUUUUCACGUAAAAUUACAAAUAAAGAGGUAAAUUUACAGCGUCUGAUUUUCAACUCACUGUAUAUUUUACUAUUUUUAUACUGCGCAAAGAGAGCGAUUAGAACUCUAACAAGGUUAAACGGUUAUCAAAUUUCUCAAAAGAGAUUUUUUCUCACUCGAAACAGCCUUGUUUUUUUCCUCUACACAUCCACAUUCGCCAUGCGGCACGCACUAAUUCAAUUACAAGUAGCGGCGCGUUUCGGAACAACAAACAGCAAAAAAAAAAUCCCCGCAAAACUGAUCUAAUUCGGGAUCGAAAAAAGACACGAUUGUUGUGCUUUUGCUGAAUCAAAAAAAAAAAACGCAGCAGCACGAGUCGCGAGCAGUUAGUUGAUAAUUUAGUCUCUACCAAACCAAUUCUGCGACAGACAGACAGACAAAAAAAGUGGCCGUUAGCAGUGAUAAAUUCGUUUAUGUUUAGCGCGUAGAUUUACAAAACACCGCCAUUGAUCACAUGGGGAUGCUCACAGACACACACAUGGAACCGGAAGAGGGGAAACGAAAUUUAAGUAAACAUCAAACAAAAAAUCAACUAAGACACGCCGCAGACACAGACACACAUACACUGGGUAUUCUGAAGUAAUUAUUACGAUUAUUCGAAAUUAUAUUAUUAUGAAAAAACAAGCAAAACAAAAAAAUAUUCUAUCGAUAGAGGACAAAAAACAGGAACGUGCAAAAAACAGUGGUUAGAAAAGCGAAGUAUGUCAAAAUAUGGUGAAGAGCACAACCGGGAGAGCUAAAAGCUUUUCCCGGAGGUGCAAGUAAAGAGCUGCAUGAGAAACGUGGUGAAAUUGUUUGAUUAAAAUUACUUAAACUAAAAAAGUAUAUACAACAAUUAAAACAACAAAAAAAACAAGUAAAUGUAUGUAUUCCAGGACAACAAAAAAA